CCGGACCAAUCUUCAUGCAGCGCCCUCUUUGAUGAACUUGUGAAUGCUGGAGCAUCUAAAGCUGCAAAGGCGUUGCUUGAUUGGCCCGAUUUUAACCCUGGGCCUCAUUCAUUGGAGGGUUACAUAAGGAGCCUUAGCAGUGGUGGAAUGGUUGAAGAUGCACUCCAUGUGUUUGAUGAAUUGCAAAAGGUUGGAUUUUGUCCGUCAGCGGAAACUUGGAAGAAAUCUCUAUUGGGUUGUUUGAAGGUUGGGAGGACCGAUCUGGUUUGGACAUUGUAUGGGCGUAUGUUGGAAUCUGGUGUUGCGGCUAACAUUGAUGUUGAGAUUGUUGGAUAUCUGGUAAAGGCGCUAUGUGUUGAAGGCAAGGUUUCGAAGGGAUAUGAACUUCUUAGGCAGGUUCUAGGGAAUGGCUUGAGUCUUGACAAUACUGUUUUUAACACACUUAUUAGAGGGUUCUGUAAGAAUGGAGAGUAUGAUAGGGUAUCUGAGAUCCUUCAUAUCAUGAUUGCCAAGAAGGGUAAUCCAGAUAUCUUUACUUACCAAGAAGUCAUCAAUGGACUCUUGAAAGAGAACAAUUCUGAGGGAUUGCGGGUUUUCAAUGAUAUCAAGGAUAGAGCGUAUUUCCCUGAUAGAGUCAUGUACACAACAGUGAUCGAAGGCCUCUGCAAGAAGGGACAGCUUGGUGUCGCAAGGAAGUUGUGGUUUGAGAUGAUUCAAAAAGGGUUACUUCCUAAUGAGUAUACCUAUAAUGUAAUGUUACAUGGGUAUUGUAAGGCUGGUGAACUUGUUGAGGCAAAGAAGCUCUUUAAUGAUAUGCGUUCUAGAGGUUAUGUAGGAAACACAUUCAACUACACCACAAUGAUUUCGGGUUUGUGUUCACAUGGUGAGGCACAUAAAGCAUGGGUCUUGUUUCAAAAAAUGCCUCAAAGGGGUGUGGUUCGUGAUUUGAUCACUUACAAUUCUUUGAUUAAUGGACUUUGCAAUGAGGGGGAUCUUGUUAAGGCAACAAAACUUUUUAAUGAACUUCAGACACAGGGUUUACAGCCAUCGGCUUUCACUUUUACUCCUCUUAUAAAAGGACUUUGUAGAUUUGGAGAAACGCAGGAGGCAAUCAGGUUAUGGAAUGAUAUGCGCGAUCGGCAUUUAAUACCACCCUCUAUUACACACGACCAUAUUAUUAAGGGGUUAUGUAAAGAAGGCAAUUCUGCAGAGGGAAUGAAAUGGCUGCGAAGAAUGGUGAGAUGGGAGCUAAAACCAGUGCGGAAGACUUUGGAGAUCCUGAUUUGCACUCUAUCACAAGAGAAAAGGUUAGAUGAUGUUUUGAUUGUCUUAGAUUCAAUGUUUAGAUUGGGAUAUACACUUGAACAUAGCACAAUUCAUUUUUUAGUGACGAUAUUUAACUGGAAAAAUGAUUGCUUUACUAGUUUAUGUUUGGAGAAGAUAUUAGGAAAUAAAAGAUAAGUUGAUGUUGUGUAUAUCUGACUUUGUAACAUCUUUUUCCAAUAGAAUGAAGAAAUUGAGUAUCUCUUGUAA